GACGCUCCAGACACGCUGGACCAACUUGGAAAUACUGCAGCUGGACUAAGCAAAAUAUGCUCUGAAUACUUGCUUAUUUUAAUAAUACUUUUAUUCCUUUAUCUAUAUUUUUUCAAUAGCAGUAGGGAAGAAAACCUAUCUCAUUUGUGCGUAAAAGUCCCUUUUCAUUUCAUUCUUAAUUAACUGGAGAGGAGAGCGCUGAAUGACAGUGUUACUGAUGUUUUCCUUGCAUUUUUGAUGGACUUUGAGCUCUUCUUAGCAAUCACAUUUACCAGUGACAAUUAAACUGAUUUACAAGUUAAACUGGCAUAAUUUAUGGGAAUAUUUAGAUUAUUGGAUUUUUUUUCCUUGGGGAACUUUGCGCUUUCCUGGAGAUAACUAUUCUUAUUUUAUGCGUAAAAUCUUUUUGUUUGGAUCAUUUUAAGAAACCCGUUAGCGGAGACUUUGCUAUCUUGUGCAAGUGAAACGGGUUUGAUGGAAACAUGACCAAAGCCGUAACCGGGCCGGUUAUCCUGCACACCCUAUGCCUGCUUCUGUUCCUGCUACUUCACGUCUCACCGGUGUGUCUGUCUGCGCAGCACGGACAUCCAGCGCGCUACUUCGGCCAGAUAACCGAGAACUCUCCAGCUGGGACGCCAGUGGAAGGGGUGGUAAUUUCUGUCACAGCUGUAAACUGCCCCGGUGCGAACCUCACUGCCAGCUUGAAGGGAGAUUACGCGUCAGAUUUCAGACUUGUUCACUACCGCGGGCAUCGGGUCCAUCGAGGACAAUUAUGUUUGGUCUCCGCAAAAGCACUGGACCGGGAGUUUAUAGCUAUGUACGAACUGGUGGUGGAGCUGCCAACUCGGUGUAUGAGGAGACGAGCCAUCGUCCAAAUUGAGGUGUCCGACAAGAACGACAACAUCCCUCGGUUUACCAGCGGGAACAAGACGAUUGAAGUAGAUGAGUUAACGCCUCCCGGAACCGAGCUGGCUCGCUUUGACGCAAAGGACGGUGACGCGGAGAGCAAUGGACAUGUCACUUUUUACGCAUCACCGGACUUGUACCUGCUCCACGUGGAUCCACAAAACGGACAAGUGAGCCUAGCAGGAUCUCUCGCUGGAUUCAGCCAGGUGACUUUGCGCCUUUACGUGAAGGACGGAGGAGAUGUAGCACUGAUAGGUGAGCCGGUGUUCUUGCGCAUCAACGUCCGCCGGUCCGACAGAGCGCGACGGAUGCCGCGGGCUCUGUCCGAGGAGCUGACCUACACAGUUACCGUCCCGGACCACGUCAGAGUUGGCGACCUAGUGUUCACAGUUCCUGACCAGAGGUUCAAUCAGCGGUGGUUUGAAGUGAUAUCCGAAGCCGACUCACCAGUCCAGAUCGAGCGGGAUUCGGGGCGUUUGUACCUGGCGCGCAGUCUGCGAGAGCCAGCCGAGGUGGUGGUGAAGAUUCAGAACCUCCGAGGUGAUGACUGGUACCUGUGCAGGUUAACUCUGAGCAUGCCCAGUCAGGCUGAUCUGCAGUGGGCGAUGUUUCCCUCACCUUACCUGGGUGCUAUUGGUCCUGAUGCAACACCAGGCACCGUAGUGUAUCGACUGUCAGCACGACAACGAGAUGGGACACUAGGACAAGCUCAGUUCUUCCUACUUGAGGGUGAUGAGGAGUGCUUCGAGGUGGACCAUCGUUCUGGGGAGAUCAGGACAACCGGUCGACCUUUGACCCCCAGUAAGGAGUACCUCCUUCGGGUUCAGGCAGUGGAUGGACAUGGUCGUAAAGGGCCACCAGCCACUGUUGCUAUCCUUGCAGGCUAUCGGCCACCCCAGUUCACCAACUCCACUUACAGCCUGAAUGUACCAGAGAACAUACCCGUUGGCCAACCAGUCGCAGUUGUCCAGGCUGUCUCCUUCCAGAAGAAGAGUCUCUCAUACAUGCUACUGGUUAAUCCAGGGAAUUUGUUUAGCAUCAACCAGGAGAGCGGCGCGCUUAGCCUCACCAGGAACGUCGACUAUGAGAGUGGUCACAACCUGCACACCCUGCAGGUCCGAGCUUCUGAACCCGACACCGGCCUUAGCAGCGUGGCAGAGGUGGUUGUACACAUAACAGAUGAGAAUGACUGCACACCAGAGUUCCUCCACUCUAUCUACACCAGAGACAACAUACCUGAGAGCAUCGCACCUGGAACCUCACUGCUGCAAGUACUUGCCCGGGACUGUGACUCCGGGAUAAACUCGGAGAUCUCAUACUUCGUUCCCAGCAGUGACUUCAGCAUCACGUCUGGGGGUGUGGUCAGCCCCGCCCGUCGCUUGGACUAUGAGCGCCCUAAUCACAUCUAUGAGUUUUUGGUGGUUGCAGUGGAUGCAGGAACACCCCCUCGCACCGGGACUGCCUCAAUCCGCAUCCGAGUCGCCAACACCAAUGACGAGGCACCUGUCUUUUCACAGAACGUUUAUAAGACCUUCCUAAGUGAGGAUGCCGGUCCUGACACUCUGGUUGCCAUCGUUCAUGCCAACGACCCGGAUGGAGAUGGCGUCUCCUACGCCAUCACUGGAGGCAAUGAGGAUAGCAAUUUCCUUCUUGACAACCAGAAGGGUAUUAUUAAGCUGCGGCGGAGUCCUCCUCCACGCCUGAGGGGGCCACAGUACGUCCUCAACAUCACUGCCACGGAUGACAACGCAUCUGGUGGGCCAUACCCACUCAGCAGCUCAGCGCAGGUCAUUGUGGGAAUAAAUGACAUCAACAACAACAAACCACUGUUCAAGGAGUGUCAGAACUAUAGCCUGAACGCAGCAGUCCUGGAGAAUCAGCCUCCAGGGACGUUCGUCCUGCGCGUCCAGGCUCAUGACGCUGACAUGGGUGUCAAUGGAGAGGUCAAAUAUGGCAUAAUGAACAGAGAUGGAGUGGCAUCUGGGUUUGAUAUUGAUCCUGAUACUGGUGUGAUAACCACAGCGGUGAGUUUUGACCGGGAGCGUCAGAGGGAGUAUACUUUGUCUGUGACGGCCACUGAUCAGGCAGAAGAGCCGCUCAUUGGAAUCUGUCAGAUCACAGUGCAGAUCUCAGAUCAGAAUGACAACGACCCCAAGUUUGAAAACAGCCGCUACCAGUACUUUCUGAGAGAAGACACUCCAGUUGGAACUAGCUUCCUGCGAGCAGCAGCUCAUGACGAUGACCAGGGGAGCAACGCGGCAAUCACCUAUUCACUGUCCAGACAGAAGCCGGCUUACCUGCACAUCAACCCCAGCACUGGGUGGAUUUAUGUCAACCACCCGAUCUCUCAGACAUCCAGAAUCAACCAGCAGAUUGUGGCCUCAGAUGGAGGGAACCGCAGCAGCUCAGUGGAGCUGACGGUUAUCAUCACAAACGUCCACAAUCAGCCACCACAGUGGGAGCAGUCCGAAUACUGGGUCACUGUGCCGGAAAACACCGUCCGAGAUGCCAAGAUAGUGACCAUCAAGGCGACGUCUCCCCUCGGUGACCCCAGGGUGACCUACAACCUGGAGGAGGGUCAGGUACCGGAGACCAACAUGCCAGUGCGGUUCUACAUGAAGCCAAACCGGGCCGACGGCUCGGCAUCCAUCCUGGUAGCCGAGAACCUCGACUAUGAGACAACGCGUUUCUUCACGCUCAGAGUGCGCGUGCAGAAUGUCGCUGCUGUGCCGCUCGCCUCCUUUACCACGGUCUAUGUUAAUGUGACGGACGUGAACGACAACGUUCCUUUCUUUCUGUCGUCCACCUAUGAGGCCACGGUUCCCGAAGGAGCGCAGAUGGGCACGUCUGUGGCUCAGGUGUCAGCCACUGAUCUGGACUCUGGUCUGCACGGGAUGAUCCACUAUGUGAUCCUGAAGGAUGAAAGUGGGGACUCUCAGUUCUUCAGCAUCGACUCCCACAGUGGGAUCAUCUUCACUCGAGCCUCUUUUGACCGUGAGCAGAAAGCUUCGUAUCUAAUAGAGGUGCAGUCACAGGACGGCUCGGAGUCGGCCAGACAAGGCCAGCAGGGCCAGCCUAACACAGACACAGCCUAUGUCAGGAUCUUCGUCACCGAUGUGAACGACAACGCCCCGGCAUUUGCCCAGCCGGUGUAUGAGGUGAGCGUGGAGGAAGACAAGGAGGUCGGCUUCGUCCUCAUCACCGUCACGGCCAACGACGAGGAUGAAGGUGCUAAUGCCAAGCUGCGCUACCAGAUCACAUCAGGAAACACCAUGGGUACCUUCGACGUGGAACCUGAGGUGGGCACUAUCUUUGUGGCUCAACCUCUUGACUAUGAGAUGGAGCAGCACUACGAGCUCCGGCUGGUGGCCUCAGAUGGGAAGUGGGAGAACGAAACACUGGUGGUGGUUCAGGUGGUAAAUCGCAACGAUGAGGCACCAGUUUUUAGCCAGACCGAGUACCACGCUGCUGUGAUGGAGGAACUCACCCAGCUUCCUGUUUUCAUCCUAGAGGUAUCAGCUACAGAUCCCGAUCAGGAAGCCGACCAGAGUGCUCUUCGCUACUCCCUCCAUGGCCAGGGCGCUGGUGGUGAGUUUACCAUUGAUGAACGUACUGGAAGAAUCUAUGCUCAACGUCGGCUGGACCGCGAGGAGCGCCCUGCCUGGAGAUUCCUUGUCCUCGCCACAGAUGAGGGAGGGGCAGGUCUCACAGGAUUUGCUGAUGUACUGUUAGAAGUCAGAGACAUCAAUGACAAUGCUCCCUUCUUCCCCUGCCCAGCACUGGAAGUAGAUGGUUGUUUUGUUGGUCAAGUGCCUGAAAAUUCACCUGCAGACACAUCCGUCAUGGAGAUGCGUGCCAUGGACCUGGAUGACCCCAAUGAGGGCAGGAAUGCCUUGCUCACAUAUAGCAUCAUCAAGAACAUUCGCAAUGAGAUCAACCUCAACCUGUUCUCCAUCAAUGCCACUACGGGCACCAUCUACACAGUACUACGCUCUCUGGACAGGGAGAUGGAGGACCGGUAUCUGGUAGUGGUGGAGGCCCGUGAUGGAGGGGGUUUGGCAGGGACAGGGACAGCCACCAUUAUGGUUUCAGAUGUCAAUGACCAUCCACCCAUCUUCACUCAGAGACUCUACAAUACUCAGGUGACUGAGGACCUUGAGGUGAAUAGCGAGGUUCUUGUAGUUUCUGCCACAGACGGAGAUGAGGGCGAGAAUGCUGUGGUAACCUUCAGCAUUGUAGGUGGUGAUGAAGACAGAAAGUUCUUUGUGGAGACAGACAAAGUGAAUCGACGUGGCGUGAUAAAACUUAAGAAGAAAGUUGACUUUGAGAAGCCUAACGAAAGGACUUUCAAUAUGACCCUGAAGGCCGAAGAUGCUGAUUUCUUCAGCCUGGCCUAUUGUCUCAUUCAGGUGGAAGACUCCAACGACCAUGCUCCCGUCUUCUUUCCACAAUUCUAUGAAUCACCAGCUAUGUCUGAAGAUGUGCCAGUUGGGACAAUUGUUGCUCAAGUUACAGCUUCUGAUCUAGAUUCUGGACAAAAUGGGCGUUUUUCUUACAGUAUAUCCAAAGAGUCAGAUCCCUACAAUCAGUUCCUGGUGGACCAGUCUGGUUGGGUUGUAGUUGCUGAUUCUUUGGACAGGGAGAAAAUUUCACAGCACAGGAUCAUGAUCCUGGCUACAGAUGCAGGGAGUCCCCCCCUGACUGGCACUGCCAUUGUUGUUGUGACUGUACUUGAUGUUAACGACAACGGGCCAGAGUUUGAGGUCCCCUACAAGCCUGUUGUUUGGGAGAACACAGCUGCACCUCAGCCAGUGAGAAUGAAUGAAACCUCCUUGCUCCUUCAUGCCACCGAUCGCGACACCUCCACCAACAGUGGGCCAUUUUCCAUACGGCUUCUGAUGCUCACCUCAGACGCCACCAACUUUAACCUGACAGACUUUCGGAACGGAAGUGCAGCCAUCACCGCGCUCCGUGCUUUUGAUCGUGAGCGGCAGAAGGAGUACCGCCUCCCAAUUCUCAUGAUUGACAGCGGCUCUCCUCCAAUGAGCUCUACUAGCACGUUGACAGUUGUGAUCGGCGACAGGAAUGAUCAUCCCCACUCACCUGGACACACCAACUUUAUUGUCUACAGUUAUGAAGGUAUUCUCCAGACGACAGUGCUCGGACAAGUUCAAUCCCCCGACCUUGAUGACUGGAGUGAGAAAGUGUACCGUUUUGAAGGCAAACCAACCAGGUUGUUCAGUCUGAAUCAGAGCUCAGGUCAGCUCAGUAUUAGGGAGGGAACUCCUCCCGGCUCAUACCAUCUGCAGGUUCGUGUAUCCGACAACACCUGGCCAGACGUCACCUCCACCGCCCAAGUAGACGUCACAGAGCUGCACCACGAUGCCUUGCAGCGUGCUGCCUCCAUCCGCCUGAGCAACCUGACAGUGGAGGAGUUUUUCAGUAGUAGUGGUGGAGGUGAGAAGAGUCGCUUUUCCCGUCUGGGUCUGACGUUGGCUGAACUCCUGCAGACUUUGCCGGAAAACGUCCAGAUCUUCUCUGUGGGCGAUGCCAGCAAACAUGGUGGGAGGGCGCUUAAUGUUUGGUUUGCUGCCCACGGCUCUCCCUACUACAAGGCUGAGAAACUGCACGGCUACGUGGCAGCAAACAAAGCCAAGCUGGAGGCCAUUCUGGGCGUGUCCAUCUCUCAGGUGGGUGUGGAUGACUGCCCAUACACAGACUGCAGUCAGUCUGGAGGUUGCAGCAAUGAGGUUUCAUUCAGCCAGGCACCGGUGGCUCUCAGCUCUGGUAACAUCUCUCUGGUGUCACUGGCGCCCUCUUUGACUGCGCAAUGUGGCUGCCGGGGCCGAGAGGCAGUCCACCUGUCCUGUUCUGCUUACCCCGUCAACCCAUGCCUCAAUGGGGGCACCUGCCAGGACGGACCAUUGGGAUACCGAUGCAAGUGUCCUCCCAUGUACGACGGCCCCGAGUGUCAGCAGACCAAACACAGCUUUGGCGGCCAGGGUUACGCCUGGUUCCCUCCCAUCAAACCUUGUUAUCAGAGCCACAUCUCCCUGGAGUUUCUGGCUGAGUCGGCCAAUGGGCUGCUCCUCUACAACGGGCCGCUUGGUAAUGUUCACUCUGGGGAGCAGGAGGACUUCAUUGCCAUUGAGUUGAGGAACGGCGUUCCCGCUCUGAGCAUAAACCACGGAUCAGGAACACUCACUUUGCAGUUCCCACCCAAAUCUACUGUGACCGACCGACGCUGGCAUCGCCUCGACAUCAUCAGUGACGGAAAGGCUGUCCAGCUGAUCCUGGACCAGUGUGGAGGGGUGGCUGUGAAUGAGCUGGAGACAGAUGAGUCCAGCUGUAGAGCUGCAGGAGAGACACCUGGAAAUCAGAAGUAUCUGAAUGUUUUCCAGCCUCUGCAGUUGGGAGGGGUGAAGGAAAUGUCCCCUCACAGACAUUACCGCAGUUUCACUGGCUGCAUCCGCAACCUGGUGGUCGACAGUCAGGUGUAUGAUUUGGCAUCUCCAGGUGAGAGUGUGGACAGCACCCCGGGCUGUAAGCUCACAGACGGCGUGUGCGUGACAGCGGCGGGCCCCUCGUGUGGGAUUCAUGCAACCUGCCUCGCAGACUGGGGCUCGUUCAGCUGCGAGUGCCACGCUGGAUACACGGGGCACAAGUGUGACAGGGCCAUGCCAGAGUUCUCCUUCGAUUCGGGCAGUGUGGUGCGCUUUCAGCUCAGAGGAGGCGGCAGCUCCAGACGUACCAACAUUCAGCUGCUCGUCCGAACCAGAGCCACCUCAGGGACCCUGCUGUCUGCGACGUCCCGGGAGGCCCAUGAAUACAUCAUCCUGGAGAUCACAGAGGGUCACAUCUCAGUACGUGCCAACCUUGGUGACGGCGCUCACGCUUUGCGGCUUCCGGGCCAGCGGGUGGAUGUCGGGCAGUGGGUCCUGGUCAGCCUCAGUCGCUAUGACAACAUGUUUACCCUGCGGUUAGAGCACGGCGGGGGCUCGAGGGAAGUGCAGGCCCGCCUGGGGAGCCGCAGGGAGAUUGGGGUUCAUCCAUCCAGCCUAAUGGUUGGUAAUGGACCAGACAAGGCUGACUUCCAGGGUUGUCUCCGGGAUGUUCGAUUUAAUGGUCAGGUCCUGCCUCUGGAUGGCCAGAGCCGGGACCUGGUGACCGUGCUGGAGAGACGUGGUGUCACCUCAGGGUGCUCUAGCAAUGCCUGCAGCAGCCAGCCCUGCCGCAGCCCACUGCGAUGCAUCGACUUAUGGAGGAAACACCAGUGCAAGUGUCCCGGUGGUCAGGUAACCGUGACUGACGACUCAGGUCAGCACCAUUGCGCGCCGUCACCCUGUGGACCUUCUUCCUGCCGUAACGGUGGUGUCUGCCAGGCGCUUUCACCCGAUAGCUACCGGUGCCGAUGUCAGGAGGGUUUCAGGGGUCAACGCUGCGAGCUGGGGCAGGUCAAAGGUCACCGGCUGCCCGCCCUGAGCCCCAGCUCCAUCUUGGCCAUCAGCAUGUGUCUGCUCGUCUUCUUCGCGGUGCUGGUGGCAGUGACAGUGUGGAACCAAAAAGGCAGCCGAAAUAAGUUCAGGAAGCGAGGAGUUUACCACAUCCCUGCUGAGCACGAGAGCUGGGAGGACAUCCGAGAAAACAUUCUCAACUACAAUGAAGAGGGAGGAGGAGAGCAGGACCAGAACGGUUAUGACAUCACAGAGUUAAAGCGUCCGCUGUGCUCCAGUUUGUCUCAGUCAUCCUCCUGCACCACCGCUCCACUCAUCAAAUCCUCACCGGGCUCCCAGGAGGAGGUUCAUCCAUCCAGUUCCUCGUGCAGCUCAGGCGCUCCCUACCUCAGCAUCCCACAUCACCACCACCAUCAGCAUGCCGUCAACGCCAACUAUACCAGCGAUGCAACCUACGCCAAUUACACUGCUCAUGUAAACAGAGACGUGGAGACAAGCGACGUAGGCAGUUACACUGACGCCCCGCCUGGCUCACGCUCCCACGUGGACUUUAGAAGCUACGUGGCGCGAAUCAUUUGGGAGGCAGACAACGACAAUGAGGCUUUCCCACCGGACGCUUACCACGUCUGGUGCGUGGAAGGCUCCGGGUCGUCGGCAGGAAGCCUCAGUUCACUGGGGUCCGCAGUGUCCCAUAGAAACAUCAACACAGGCGACGGGGAUCGGGAGGACGAGGAGGAGGAGGAGGAGGAUGGAGGUUUUGUUUAUGACAGACUCUCGCGGUGGGGCCCAAAGUUUCAGGCACUCAGUGAGAUGUACGACCGACCACAGCUGACCCUCACAUACAGGGAUGCAAUGGCGUACAUACAGAGGAGCCACAGCCAUGACCCCCUGCCACAUCACCAUUAGGGGUCGCUACCCAAAUACAAGUACACACUCAUAGAACAUUUGCCGCAGUGGAAAGGGACUCAGUGCUGUGAUCUUGUCAAAUUUGAAAAAAAAAAACAACGAUGGCUGGUCAGGUAUUGUUUGUAUGGCUGGGAAUAUGUUUAAAAUAAGUGUUUUAAUAUUAAUUUUCUGAUGUUGAAAUAUAUAUAAAUAUACUCCCUGUUCUAAAGACAUACAAAUUUGAAUUUGUUUGUCCUGAACAAAUCCACCCUUUUUCUUGAUUUUCAGCUGUAAACCUUUACAGUUUGUGGUUUCUACAAAGGUCUCUAAGCAAACUGGUCCAAACAAGUGAUAUUUUCAGUUCUUUUAGCUAAUUAAAUGUCAGAUUAUGGUUCAUGUCAGAGUUUAGUGAAGCAAGAUGAGCUUGCCACAUUAAUUAAAAAUAACGAGGCAUAAAGAAGCAAUUAAGAACAGAAACACAAUGAAUGAGGCAGAAGAAGCAAAGCUGGGAGGACUGUGCAUUCUCAUUACAGUUGUCUGACAGGGACAAGCCCUCAGCAGCAGCAGUUAUUCAAGAGAGUUUUACAAGUAGAAACAGGUGAUAAAUGACAUAUAUCAUGCAUCGUCCAGGUAAACAGGGUAAAAACUCAUAGAUCAAAAUGAAAUUUACCCAGAUUAUUAUUUACAUUAAGGAUAUAAUGUUUCAAUUUUCAAGUGAGGCAUUAUAUCUUAAUAUGUGCCAAUUUGCACAAUCUUACAGGAAUCUGAAUGGAUAGAUAAACUCAGAUUCAGAAUCAUUUGUUGGCACAUGAGAGCCUUUUUAGCACUCCAUAAAUCAGAAACCUUUAUCAUCAGCCAGUAAAAAAAAAUCACCAUGUUUUUGGGAUGAGAUGUUAAAAAGCCAUCUGUAAAUCCUUCAGAAAUCCUGACAGGUUGGGCCAAGCAAGUACAAGAAGGAAAGAAAAAAAUCAGAGUAACUGACCAAAGAAAUAUGUUUGCAUACUUUUUUUUUGGAAACUUGUAUUUCCUCUUACAGUUUUUAACAAAUGGUUAUCAACAUAAAUCGUGUCUGUGUAAGAGCUUGAAAGCUGGACUUUUUGGAGGCGUUUCACCUCGUUUCCAAGAGGCUUCUUUCAGUUCAGUUCACUUCUUUUUAAGCUCUUAAGACAACAUCAAAGUUCUUUACUGAAGUAUCAUGAACAUCUAAUAAACUAAAUUUUACUUUCACUGUUAUUGAAGGAAGAUAGCACAAAAUCUUGACCAGCGCAUGAAAAAAAAACGUAUUUGUGUUGUAACGUAUCACCUUUUAAAUUUUGACUGGUUUAGUUAAAAAAAAGAACAGAAAGACAUUUGGCUGAAUCAGACAGAUACGCUACAAAGCUAAGAUAACAACAAGAAGGAUGUUCAGUCUGCCCCAAUGACUGAAAAUGCUUGUAUGGCUUUGGAGAGUUUGAUUGGUUACUUAGAAUUAUCAGUCAUGAUUGGCUGCCAGCCCUUAAGGACGCUGGUCCAGCGACUGUCUGUAAUGCUGUGGUCACUGUGUCAUGUGGAGCAAACAGGAAAUCUGGACAGAGAAACUUUAAAGUGAGUAAACCAAACUGAGAAAUGUCACCAAAGUCAUAAAUCACAGCUGUAAGUGCAGACACAGCUGUAAUCACAUUACUCUGAUGUUUUAACUUUGGAAAAAAAUGGAGACAAUUCAAGUAAAAGGCAAAUUGGCAGGCAUUUCCUUCAUUCUCAUUGACCUUCUCGAGUUCUAUUUUUUUUUUUAUUCAUUUAUUUCAGUGCAAGCUCCACCACUGUGUUUCUUCAAAACGCACCACUAAAACAAAAAAGAAUGAGUGUCUUAUCUCUAAAUUGAUUCUCGGUAUGUUUGGGGCACAAAUGGGAUUGAAUAUUAUCAUAUCUUACCUGUAAAAAAAAAAAAAAAAAUCUCUUGAAAUCAGGUGGGGCAGGAAAGCAGCAGCUCUGUUCCCCCGAUUAAUCGCCACAGAAAAGCUGAGACACUUUCAGGGCACGAGGUUCAUUAUGUGAUCUUCGUGUUUCUUCAAAACCGAGGUUACCGGUUCAUUUUUGAGCUUAACACAGGAAUACAUCACUCAGCUUUUAUUUAUUUUGCUUGUACUUCUUCCUUUUAGAGGCGGUGUGCUGUUUAUUUAAUUAUCAGGGCAGUUUGUGGGUUGCUGUUUUUCGUUCCAUGGAAAAUGCAGACUUUCAAGGUCAAAAGUUUCUCUUUUCUGGAGGAAUAUAACAUCAAAUUAUGUCAGAAAUGUUCAGAAUGAGGGGAGCUUUGUAUUUGGAGAAAUAGUCUAGUACACUUAAAAACACAGACAAGAAGGACUUGAUGUAGAAAUCUAACAAAGACAGCUCCGAGUUCUUCUUUCAGGGAAUUUUAAAGUACUAUUUGAAUCUUUUUAUCUUUGGCAUGACAAUUUUUUAUUUUGACCCUCCUGCGCAGCUCCAACCUGUAAACAAAAACUCCAUUUCAUACAGAAGCACUACCAAGGUCAAACUUUUCUUCUAUGCUUUUAUUUUCCUAAGAAAUAUCUUUUUUGCUUCUCUGCCCUCUGCGUUUCCACAGAUUAGCCAGACCUCAAAAAAAAAAACCUCCAGUGACCAGCGUGUAUUUCUCUUUGCCGUUCUUGUUGCACUAGCAGGUGAGUCAGUUCUCCAUCUUCAAGUAAGACCUAGAAAGUUAACAAUUAAAAGCCUUGUGAGUUCACCAAGUGAAACACUCUGCAGCCUCCAGCAUCUCCACCGUGUAAAAUGAGCUUUGCUAGUAUGUUUUCAGAUGACAUUAUUUUUGUACCCCCGUGUAGAAACUUCCCAGAAGCUCCUUUUCACUUGCAGUUGGUCGUGCACUGUUAAUGUUUUUGCUUUUUCUAAAAAAGAAAAAAAACAGGGAGCAGCCUGUUAGACCAGUGUUUCUGAAGACUGAACCGCUGUCAAAUAUAAACACUGAAACUGUGAAUCCAUUUGGAAAUCAAAAAAGAGAAAACAUGGCAGCCGGAGGGACUGAAACUAAGUCACACUCAGACAUUGCUGUGAGCUGGAAGUGAAAGUUGUGAUACAUGUGAAGAUGGCUUUUAACAAAUAGGCAAAAAUUACUUACUUUGUUUACUUUUAUGAAAAUGCAGGAUAUUCAGUACAUGAAAGUCUUUCUCUUAUAAAGUAAUCCUACUAAAAUACAGUACUGUGCAAAAGUCUUGAGUCACCUAUCUUUUCUUUAUAUUUUGCUAGGAAAUAGAUAAGCAGUGUUUGAAAGUCAAUAUUCAAUAAUAUAUGGACGUCGGCUGCUCUGUCAGAAUGAUCGUUCAGUAAUGUUAAAGUUCCGGCUCUGGGAAGGCCAGUCUAUGACUCCUACUACACUGGCUAAAUGGCAGCCCCAAACCAUGACACAGCCUCCACCAUGCUUUAUCGAUGGCUGUAAGAUGAAUUGUAACUAGAACUGGUUCUUUGCUAAGUUGUCUGUUAGUUGUCUCAAUGGAAACAGGUCUGAUGGUUUUAUGAACACAACACUGCUUCAUCCCUCGAGUCUGGUGCCUUUUAUGCUUCAAUCAUCCACAUAUAUGGCCAAACAAACAAAAAAGCCUUCCUCUGAAAGUAGUCGGGUACUAGGAUUAGACUGAAAAUGAAUGGAAAAAACAGCCAGUGUCCAAAGAAAAACUCUGGAAGACCUUUGGAAAACUUUGAGGAAGUAUUUCUCAGCACCACCAUGCUUGGAAGCAAAAUAUAAAGAAGGUGACUCAAGACGUCUGUACUGUGUUUUUAAAUUUUUUUUAACAGUAUAUAACUUUAUUGAUGUCACAUGGCUACUAUUAAACUGCUUACUUGUUAGGAAAAAUUAAGAGUGGGGCUCAUAAACUUCCAGUUUAAAGUAUUUGCAGCCUCUAAAAUACUAAUAAGUAGGUGUGAAUGCAGAACAAGCUUCUACCAGUUUCUAUUCAAACUUUAUACAUGUUGUAGCAGAAAAUCAAGUGCGUGUGCACGGAAUGCUCUGCAGCUAAUAAAUCAGCACUGUUUUGAAUAUAACCAUUACAGAGUGACCAAACUUGAGCCAGUGAGCACUGCUCAAAGUGAGUAACACUGAUCAUUUCUAUUCUUGCAAACCUGACCUAAACUCUCUCAAAUCCAGCACUGAUUCCCUGUUUUUAUUUAGUGGUCACUUAAUAAUCUUCUCAUAUUCCAUAUCUGUAAAAUGGGCUGUGUGAUUUGGAGCACAAGCAUUUUGUUCUGUUCCUUUUGAAGCUACCUGAUGUUUUUUUGCUGCCAUCCUUUGACAGUAAGUUUCUUAGAUGAUUUCCCUGAUAAAUGAGGACCAGAACAGGAGAGGUUAGACUUCUCUCGUGUGCACAACAGGACACCAGCUUUUCCUUCUUCAACUUUUAAAGCAGCCAAAUGUUUAUUGGUUCUGGCUGCAGAUCAGUGUCAUGUCUGAUGGUUGUUUUCCAGCCUACCUCUUGGCUAAGUAUAUUGUCAUUACAGCGCCUGAUGAAUGUAGUUUUUAAAUAGAGAGAGUGAGAAAACCUGUGGAGGAAGUCUGAGCAAGUAAAGUACAAUCACAGAACUCGGCGUAACUCAAUCCUCAGCCAGCAAAAUGGCAACAUAGAUAAACAUCUCCUGAUAUUUUAAAGGUUUUUGCACUUGAGUCAUGGUUUUCUCCCAGAUACAGUCAGAAUAACUUUUUAAUUCAAAAGCCAGUAUAUUUGCCUGCUAGGCUCUGAGAUUUUUACUGCGUAGACAGAUUCUACAGAUAAGACAUUUUCAAUUCAGUGGUUUUUUCCCCCCCUCUUUUGGAAAAUGAAUAAAAAAAUGUUUUGAAAAAAAGCCUUGUAAGAACUGUACUUAAAGCUAUGCAUCCAAAUAGAAUAACACAGGUGUCUUUUUAUAAACUGAUGUGAAGCUUCAGAUGUUUCGACCUGUAUGUGUGCAACAUCUGUUGAAUUUUGUUUAACACAGAUGCGUGAACAUUUUUAUUGAAUUCAUAUGCAUUUAUUAGAGUGAAGGUUUAAAGUGUCAUUUAUCACAGAGCUGUGUCGAUCUGUAUAAUAAGAUGUACAAAUGAACGUUUUAUAGCAACCUAAUGUGGAAUAUUCCUUUUGUAUGUGACUUUUAAUUAAAAAGAAAAACUUUUCUU